UUAACUCGGAGGUUUUGUGUAUAAAUAUGAACAAGCUACACCCUCAUCGACCCUUCUUCCAUCUCGUCAUCAAUCAAAAUCUCUUGUGUUGUAUUUUCUUCAAAUCAAAAUCAAAUAAUUUACUUUCGCAAACAAAAAGAACCCAUUUUUAUGAUUAUAAUUAACUUUUUUGAUCAUAUUUCUUUUCUUGGAAGAUCUGUUUAGAGAUGAUAAAUCCUUUUCCUCAUUUCUCAAGUGUAAUUUAUUAAAUAAUCGGUGGAAAUUCAGUCCAAUAAAUUAUCGACAACAUCAGUAACCUCUAAUAUCUCCACCUGUUCAAGAUUCAUUAGUUCUUGUUGCAUUUGGUGCUGAAUAUUUGAGAUCUUUGGUUUGAUAAUCGAUACUGGAUAGGCUGAAUUUCUACAGACUAUUACAAGUAAUUUGAUCUAAAAAAGUUCAAGAAAAACGAAGGGUUUUACUUUAAUAUGGAAGCUUUCUGUGAUCUCUGUAGGGUAGCUAGGGCAUUGGUGUAUUGUAAAUCCGAUGCAGCAAAAUUAUGCUUCCAAUGUGACAACCGCGUGCACUCUGCUAAUUCAUUAUCACGCAGGCACCCUCGUUCCUUCCUCUGUGAUAACUGUAACUUGCAGCCGGCUAUUGCCCACCAUCUGUUCGAUAAAAUGUUAUUUUGUCAAGUUUGUGAUAUGAAUGAGAAUGGAUGCUCAUCUGUGCAAGGACAUAGCAUUGAGGAACUCAAUGCCUAUACCGGGUGUCCUUCACAUGAUGAAUUUUUGAAGAUUUUGUCUACAAUUCGUGAUAGAGGUCCAAGUAUUGACCCUCAGUUCCAUCCUAUGACCAGUUUAAACCUCAAUGAGAAUCUUGUCAGUGAUCAAAACGAGGAUCAAAUGGGAUUAGUGGCAUCUACGCUCAAUGAAUUAGCAUCAGCAGUGAAGUUUGAGCCUUGGAUCGUUAAUCCAUCUUCAAUAAUCCCACCACAUUUGACCUACUUGCCAUCUUGUGAUCAAAAAGAUCCAAACCCUUUCUUCUCAGAUGGAUCAAACCUGACUAAGGAUGGAUCCGAUUUGAACAAUCUUGGACUUAAUGAAGGUGAAGUUUUAUGUGACAAUGUUGAUUUGGGCGAUGUUUCACUGAGUUUUGAAGGUGGUUAUGAGAUGUUUAAUGGUAUUCCUCAACCUCAAACCAGAUAUCCAUCCGAGGGUGGAGGUGGGGAUUGCCUUGUAAUGGAGAAAAACUUAUCAGUUACCGAAUCAAACAGUCAUAUAGAAAACACACUUGAGGCAACAUCAUCCGGACAACAAGAUUGCACCACUUUUCCGGCAUCACAAGUGGCGGCAUCUGCUAAUGUGUUGCAGGCGGUGAGUGGCGGCGGCGGCAACAUGCUUAUGAAUCCAAGCUGUAAUCAAAGUGUUGUGAACCUUGGAUUCCCCAAUAUGCCCCUUUCAUUAUCAAACAUUACUGGAGAAAGUAGUGCUACAGAUUAUCAAGAUUGUGGCUUAUCACCAAUGUUCCUCACGCGUGAAUCAUUGUGGGAGUCGAAUUUUGAAUCAAGCCCACAAGCAAGGGACAAAGCUAAGAUGAGAUAUAAUGAAAAAAAGAAAACACGAAUGUUUGGUAAACAAAUACGAUAUGCUUCUCGUAAAGCUAGAGCCGAUACUAGGAAGCGCGUAAAAGGUAGAUUUGUUAAGGCGGGUGAAGAGUAUGAUUAUGACCCUCUUGUGACAACGGGGUUUUGACUUUGCUAUAUAUAAGGUCCUCAGGAUCAAAUUCUGCUGAUAAUGGACCGAGUCACAACAUUUUUGAUUAGUGAUAACAUUUAUGAAACACCUUCGUGUUCUCCAUGGUAAAGGAUUUUGAAAGUGAGCUCCGUUUUGAAGCCGGUAAAGGAGGCCAUUGCUUGGAGUUGCAUUCUAAUUAAAUUUUUGAUUAGAUUAAUAUGGUUUUUAAUUCAGAAAACAAUAUUCAUUUCAGGCAAAUAAGUUCCACAUUAAUUCAUUUAUACUUGAUUUAAAGAAACAUUUUUUCCAUUAUGUUUUAUGUUACAUAAUAAAACCCGUAUACUUUUUUGGAUAUUGUGAGUUAUC